AUGACAGUCCCAGAAACACCAAACAAGUCUGUGAGGACAUUUGAACCGUUCUAUCUCACCUGCUUGGAUCAUACGGUGGGACCGGUUUUCAUGAACUUCUUUCUAUCGUUCCGCAAAAACACAGAAGAAUGUCUUAUUGCCAUCAACCAAGGAGUCAGUGGUCUUGUUGAAAGGCUGCCAAUUUUGGCCGGAGAUGUCAUCCAAACCACCUCGCCAGAUGGAAGGAAGAAUGUCAUGCAGAUCGUACCAUCUUCAACCCUGAUCCACGAAGUUCCUAUGGUUUCCAUCAAGCAUCACCCCCACCACGUGAUACCAAAUAAAAACCUCCAAAUCAAAGCAACAACUAGUAGGACCGAGAAGUUUGCAUCUCUGGACGAUUCUUACGUGCCUCCUGUCUCUUUGUUGCCCAUUUCACCAGGUCCACGACCUGUUUUCCGUCUCCAGGUCAACGUCCUCGCAGACGGCCUUGUGCUGGCGGUAGGGUUCCACCACAGCGUAUUUGAUGCCACGGGGGCCGGGCGGUUGAUUGAAAAGCUAGCGGAGCGUUGCCGUGACCCUGGCUCCCAGAAUUUGACACCCACAUCUGAGCUCAAGGAAGAGAUAUAUCUGAGGCGUCUGGUUGACGACGCUGGGAUGCUAACAGCCAGGUCAUCCUGUCGGGACAAGGAAGAAAGCCAGGACUGCAAGAUCGAAGCGCCAACGGCCGAAUCGGACUGGGUAAUGCCCAAACUGGACGUCUACUCUUUUCACUUCGCGGCUGCGACCAUCGCACAGCUCAAGACCGCCUGUAGCGGGGUGUUGUCAGAUCUUCAGUCCCGGCAGCACGACGAUGACGUGAGGCCUGUUGAUGACUCAAGAAAUCCCAAGCAAAAAUUCAUUUCUACCAACGACAUUUUGACUGCUUUAGUUGCACUCGACAUGUACAAAGCCCGCACCCAUCAGAUGAAAGAUGCCCAGACCGACAAAACCGCAGAGAUGGUCAUGAUUGUCGACCUGCGUAAAAGAUUUGCCUCCCUCCCAAGCACCUAUCUGGGGAAUAGCGUCUCUAUCAUCCGUGCAAAUGCACACCCCCAUAGUGUGCUACCCAAACCGGCCGUUUCGAUUUCCAAACGGCACCAACAUCCUACCAUAGCGAACGCCGCACUUCUCGAAAUCACAGCACUGGCCCUUCAGAUCCGCCAGAAGCUCGCCUUGAUUGACGACCCCAGUGUGCGCCGGGAUCUAGCCCGCCUGAUGAGAAAGCAGGAUUGGAGCCAAAUGGGUACACACCUUCCGAACAUGAUGGUGUCAAGUUGGCGACAGCUGAAGGUGUAUGGGUUGGAUUUUGGCCCCGCUUUAGGUCAAAUUGUUGAGUUCAACCCGCAGGCUACGCUAGUAGACGGCUUCUGUAUUAUCCAGCCGGAGCGUGCGAGUGAAUCUGGGGAGAAGUCUGGAUGGGAGGCUUACGUUACACUACAAUCGGAUGCCAUGGGGUCAUUUCUUCAAAACGGGACAUUUAGUACUCUGUCACAGGACAAAGUUGCGAGGUAUGUUUCGUAA